AAAAGGCGGUAUCAUGGUACUUCGGGAAGGAGCGGCAAUGCUCGAUUAAAUAUGACUUGUCGCUUCACGGUGUGACCUACCUACACGCCCCUGAGUCCCUGACACACUCUGGGCCCUACGCAAGCAGUAGGUGGGCCCUUUCUUGGGCCCAGUCAUUCCCGUCUGGAGGUAUGGUUGGUAUGGAGGUUAGCGCAAAGCCUUCAUUGGUGUCAACUAGGCCCUAGUCGUCUAAGCCCAGGUAGAAGGGACUUCACUUCAGUGUGUUGGGCCCAAGCUCUUAAUUGCGUGCACACAAUGAGUCAAUGACAACAAUAAAUCCGACCCUUCGAUUCUCAGAUCAGUACAUCCAGUUCUGCAUUCGUUUUAGCCUGUAAUUUUCUUUUUAGCAUGUAUUUUGCUGGUUGCGCUCCACCUGUUCGACUAAUUUCCUGAAAGAAUCUACAGUGAAGUAAUGCACCAAUUUUUAAUGGAUUUCUGUUUGGUGCGAGAUGCACGAAAUUUUGUGGCACUGUUGCACCGCGUGAACUGGAAAUUUCUUGAAUUUGGUCUUUCAUGUGACAAGUGACAACUCCAUUUUUCCUUAACGUUGUCCAAAAUUAGCUGCACUGGAAACUGAGACUUUGUUUGCCCUUGUGAAAUUUUACCUUCUCUCGGUGGCCAUUCUUUCUUUCUUUCUUUUUCUCAAAAUCAGAGCUACUGAUUCGGAUGUUGAAUAAUCCAACCUUACCCCACAAACACAGCCUUUUUUUCCCUCUAUCCUACGCAGUAGUCACGUGCCAUUCUGAGGUACUACAUCGUGCUUUUCGCUUCUCCUCUGCAAUCCACCUCUCUCCACCACAGAGUCGGCUCAGUCAGAAAAUAAUAGAGAGAAAAGCCAGAGAGUUGUUGCUUAUUUCUUGGUUAUUUCACUUUUUAGACAGAAACCCAGAAAAGAUUUUUAAAAUCAUAUUAUUUUCUUCGUGCAGCAGCUAUAUGGGUCGUACACGGAUUCUGCAGCCUUUUUUACAGCCGUUCUGUACCAUUAUUACCAUUAUCAGUACUACCAUUACCAUGCAUAAACGUUGUUUUGCGUCUCGAGAAAACAACAUUCAGAUCUCUCUCUUCUCUGCACGCACUGUCUGUGACGUAACAUUGUUGCUCUGUUUUUUAUCCUUGGUUACCUGAGACAGGUAAAUUAAAUUGCCAUAAAUCACCAGUUUUAUUCGUGUACUGCUGUUGAUCCAGCCUCUGACGAUUUUUUUCUCUCUCUCUAUCUUGUUCUGGGUCGUAAUUAUCCUUGUCAGAAAGUUUAAUUACUGCCUCUGCCACUCUUUACGUAUGGCAUUCACACCUUAACGUUACUUGACGCUUCGGCUUCUUCUUUGUCCCUUGACAUUUGCUAAUAGUUCUGGCUCUGUUUCUUCCAUAACUAGUUUACUUGUUGGGUCUUAUUUUGGUACUCUGGUUCUUCAGCUUAUCGAGCUAUUGUGGGUACCAGUACUGAGUCUGGACCAGUGAAUCUUCAAGUGGUGAGUGAGAAAAGUCAAUCAUUGAUGGCUACUCCACCUGGCUCCUCCUCUUCGCUGCCGUCACUGCCGCCGCCUCGUCCUAAGUCUCCUCCCAAAUAUCCGGAUUUGUAUGGGAAACGCAGGGAAACGGCGAAGGUUCAAAUGCUCGAGAGAGAGAUUGGUUUUCUUGAGGAGGAGUUAAAAUCCAUUGAUGGCCUUCAACCUGCUUCCAGAUGUUGCAAAGAUGUUACUGAUUUCGUAGUGGCGAACUCAGAUCCUUUGAUACCCAUUCGGAAGAAGCGAAAGUCCUGCCGUAUCUGGAAGUGGCUUUGCGGGCUGCCCUGUUUCAACUUUUCAUGGAUUUGUUGUUGCUGCUGCAAUUCUGGCUGUCCUCUUCGUCUGGAAAUGCCACACUGCUGCUGCCGCUGCCACUGCCGCUGCUGCAACUUUAAUAUUUGUAAAUGCUGUUCAUGCAACACCUGCUCACUACCAAAGUUGCGGUGGUGUUGCGUUUGUCCUCGAUUUAAUUGUUGUAGAGAGAUCUCAUGCUGCUGCAGCAGCUUAGAAUGUCCUUCUCCUUCAUGCCCAGAUUGCUCUUCAUGCUGCAGAUGGGUAUGCUGUCGCCCUAGAUGCCCUAAGGUACGCAGCUGCAAUUGUACAAAAACUUGUUGGAACCCAUGUUGGAAUCCAUGCUGUCUAUGCAUAUAACAUAUUAAUGCGAUAUCAUAAAAGAGGAAUUAUCCUCCAUAUUCAUUUGAUUUCAAUUAUAGUAUCUGUUAAUGAUUUUUUUUUUUUUUGGCAAUUCCUGAAUUUUGUUAGCAAGUUGUGAAUCUAGCUUGCCGUGCCUAAGUAAGGACUUGAAUACAUUGGAAGUGCUUGCUCACUCAA